AUGUCUCAAGAAUUAGACUUCGGUACCCUAUUCAAGUUCGUCAAACCAUACGAUGGCAACAGAGAAACACUCAACUCAUUCCUUGUCAAUUGUGACAAUGCCAUAAACCUUGCCAGUGACCAACAAAAGCCAAUAUUGUUUAAAUUCAUUCUCAGCCAAUUAAAUGGGAAAGCGGAGGUUGCCUGCUCUAUUAAAGAUUUUAAUUCGUGGGAUCAACUCAAAGAGUUCUUGAAAACUCAAUUUAGUGAAAGGAAACAUUACUCCCACCUUCUAACAGACCUACAAGAGAGCAGGCAAGGCCCGCAGGAAAAUCAAAAGACGAACGACACAUUUUGCCGCUACUGCAAAGCCAGCGACCACGACAUUUCGAUGUUCGAGCCUAUGGACUCGGUUACCAUCCUAUCAACCUCAAGGACUCAGUCAACAUCUGAACGUACCGAAAAGGUCGUAAACGCGCUCACAAUCGACCAUUUAAAUCUCGAAGAGAAAGAAGCUCUCAUAGAACUUUGUUCUAUGUACUCUGAUAUUUUCUACUUGCCAGAAGAUCACUUAACCUUUACAUCCGCUCUUGACCAUCAAAUCAAAACAAAUAGUGACAUCCCCAUUCAUACCAAAUCCUAUAGAUUCCCGGAGUGCCACAAGAAAGAAGUUGAAUCUCAGAUAGGUAAAAUGCUAGACCAAAACAUUAUAGAACCAUCAUCUUCGCCUUGGAGCUCUCCUAUCUGGAUUGUACCUAAAAAGCUAGAUUCCCAAGGUCAGCGUAAGUGGCGUAUUGUCAUUGAUUACAGGAAACUAAAUGACAUUACCAUUGGUGAGACUUACCCUAUACCUCAAAUCUCAGAAAUCCUCGAUCAACUGGGAAACAGUAAAUAUUUCUCCACACUAGAUCUCACUUCCGGUUUCCAUCAAAUCUUAAUCAAUAAAGCCGAUGCUCCGAAAACUGCUUUUUCUGUCCCUCAAGGACACUUCCAAUUCAAUAGAAUGCCAUUUGGCCUCAAAAACGCACCUUCCACCUUCCAAAAAUUAAUGAACACCUGUCUUUCCGGCCUACAAGGCACCCGUUGUUUUGUUUAUUUAGACGAUAUCGUCGUGUAUUCACACGAUUUAAAUUCCCACAUUAAUAAUCUGAAAUCAGUAUUUGAAAGACUCCGUAAUUUCAAUCUCAAACUGCAACCAGGAAAAUGCGAAUUCCUUCGGACCGAAGUAGCCUAUUUAGGGCAUAUCAUAGGUGAACAUGGAGUAAAACCUAAUCCUGAAAAGAUAAAAGCCGUUUCAGAAUAUCCUAUUCCGAAUUCCCCAAAAGACAUCAAGUCCUUUCUAGGCCUUGUAUCAUAUUAUAGAAGGUUCAUUCCGGACUUUUCAAAAUUAGCCAAACCUUUAACUUCCCUCCUGAAAAAGGAUGUUCCAUUCAAGUGGCAAAAUGAUCAACAACUUGCUUUCGAAUCUCUCAAAACAAAACUUAUUUCCGCGCCAAUACUGGCGUACCCAGAUUUUACCCAACCUUUCCUAUUGACAUGUGAUGCUUCAAACUACGCCAUAUCGGCUAUACUAUCCCAAGGUCCUAUAGGACAAGACCGCCCCAUUGCUUAUGCGUCACGCACACUUAAUAAAGCUGAAUGUAAUUAUAGCGUGACAGAAAAAGAGUGCCUUGCUGUAAUCUACGGGACGAAGGUGUUUAGACCCUACCUAUAUGGAAACAGUUUCACGGUCAUAACAGACCACAAACCGCUAGAGUGGUUAUUCAAAUGUAAAGACCCCGGCUCACGUCUCAUCCGCUGGCGUCUCAAACUCGAAGAGUUCGAGUACGAUAUCCGCUAUAAAAAAGGAAAAAUAAAUACCAACGCUGACGCGUUGUCCCGGUUUCCUGUUAACCCAGUCCAGCCAGAACAACCUCUAGAAUCCGGUUCUAACGAGAACCAAGACCCUGUACUUGGCGACAUUGACCUUAUGGACUUAUUAACCUCUCCACCGUCCUUCAACCUCGACGAUCUGAGUCCCCUUAAUCUAGGUGAAGACUUAGUACCACUACCUGAAAUAAACCCCGAACCAUACUUACCUUCUACUGCUGAUCCUCCCGAUGAUAUCCCAACAAUAGAAGUAAACCCACCUUCCGUUGGGGCUGAUGACCAACCUAUCGUAAUGCCAACACCGUCACCUACGAAUAAUCAAUCAGACUUGCCCGAUCAUCCGUACUCGACGUUCUUGAAAUCCAUAGCAAACAAAGAUAUACAGCUUAAUACCAAAAUCAUAGAACACAAUGAAAAGAUCACUAAAGCAAAACAAAAAAUAAUCGUUAUUCCUACUUCUAUUGACCUUGACGAAUCAAACCCGUUCAUCCAAGAAAUAUUGGGAAUCAUUCCAGAUCCCGAAAUUUUGAAUAAAGAAAGAGUGCUCAAUUCUUUCAUUUCAUUUGAAAAUGAAAAUAAAUUAUACUACCUGUUAUUCUUCAAAGUACAUCACUUUGAUAAGUCAUGUUAUGAGGAUAUUUAUAAAUGUCUGAAAUCAUUACGAAACGAAUUUUCAAACUCAGCUAAUGAAAGCCCUAUAUCGGAAAUAGCCAUAACCGACUUCAAAAACCCCUUCGAUGUACACCAAUUUAUCAAAAUCUACAAUAUGUACCUAUACCUAUUCCAUAACAUGGGUAUUGAUAUAAACAUAUAUAAGGACAAAAUAAUUUACCCUGCGUUAUCGGAAAUUCCCAAGAUACUAAGAGAAAAUCACGAAAUCCCAAUUGCAGGCCAUCUUGGCAGCACCCGCAUGCUUCGUAGAAUACAAGAGAAAUUUUACUGGAAAAACAUGCGCGGUGAUAUCGAGAACUAUGUAAAAAAAUGUCCCCAGUGUCAGACUAAUAAAGCCCUCAGACAAAUCAACAGAGCCCCAAUGCAGAUAACCAGUAGUUCUACUGAGCCAUGCCAACGUAUAUCGUUAGAUAUCGUCGGACCACUCCCUGAAGCUGGACCAGCUAAAUUAAAAUAUAUUCUAACCAUCCAGGACGAUCUAACUAAAUUCUCAUCGGCUUAUCCCAUUCGCAGUACUACUGCAGAAGAGACCAGCGAAUGUCUGCUCCACUACAUAUCCAUUUUUGGAAUUCCCAAAACCAUCUUAACUGACCAAGGAACCAAUUUCACAUCAGAACUAUUUAAGAAAACCUGCGAAUUCCUUAAAAUUAAAAACCUUUGGUCUUCUCCAUAUCAUCCACAAACCCAAGGUGCCUUAGAAAGAAGUCACUCUACUCUUAAGGAGUAUCUAAGAUCCUUCGUUAAUGAAGAGCAGACAAACUGGCCUCGUUAUGUUUACACAGCCAUGCUCACCUACAAUACAACUGUCCAUUCAACAACACACUUUUCUCCUUUCGAGCUACUGUUUGGCUGUAAACCAUCUCUACCUAAUUCCAUAUACGAGGACUGUACAGGCGCAACAUACCCCGACUAUGUUCGCAUGCUACAGAAUAGACUGAAAUACUCCCGCGAAAAAGCCCUAGAUUUAAUGAGGAAAUCUAAAGAAUCGUCUAAAACCUAUUAUGACACCCAUACUCGGCCAGUAAAAUAUAAAACAGGUGACUAUGUCUACCUUAAAAAUCACCUUCGUAUGAGGAAAGGACUCUCUCCACAAUGGAAAGGACCUUACAAGGUCAUUAAAAUAAAUGGAAACAACACACUUACCUUGCUAAUCAAUCGUCGUCAUGUUAAACACCAUUACGACGAAGUAAAACUAGCCAACGUUGAGUUAAACCUGUAAAUAUAGUUAAUUAAGUGUUAGUAUUAUUUGUGGGUACAUACAUAAAUAAAUUAGAAUUAAGUUUUGAAUAUUUUAGUUUAAGCUUAAGAUAGUAGUACUUACCUAUCUUUACUAUUACUGUUAUUGUUUGCAGCUCAGCCCAAGGUCAACCCGAUCCAAGUUAUAUCCAGCCGAUCACUUCGAGUCCGGGCCUCUAUUUUGACUAUAUAGGGAACCUCAAAAUUAAUAAUGCACAACUUAAAAUAUUGAUUCCAAUAGACAUUUCACACUUUGCCCCACAUAUAAAAAAUAUUGGUAAUGCUCUGGAUACUACAAAUUACUUGUGUAACCAAACAAACAUGACUGACAUUUAUGUAGACUGUAGUAAUCUGUUGCGACCUUUAAUAGCUCGAUUUAUAGAUAUGAAAAGAGAGUUCUCUUCCAUAUCACAUCUUAUAGAUAAUAGAAAUAGACGCAACGCCUGGAUAGGAGGUAUAGGAACAAUAGCAAAACAAAUAUUUGGAACAUUAGACGAGACUGAUGGCCUAAUGUACGAGGCAGCCAUUCAAUCACUACAAAACAACCAACAACAACUGACUUCACUAA